AUGGAAAUCCACUGCAAACACGACCCGUUCGCAGCAAUGCACAGACACGGAGGGGUGAAUCAGUUAGGAGGGGUGUUCGUGAACGGCCGUCCCCUGCCGGACGUGGUGAGACAGAGGAUAGUGGAGCUGGCCCAUCAGGGCGUCAGACCCUGUGACAUCUCAAGACAACUCAGAGUCAGCCAUGGCUGUGUCAGCAAAAUACUGGGCAGGUACUAUGAGACGGGCAGUAUAAGGCCGGGGGUGAUUGGAGGAUCCAAACCAAAGGUUGCUACACCCAAAGUCGUUGAUAAAAUCGCUGAUUACAAACGCCAAAACCCCACCAUGUUUGCCUGGGAGAUCAGAGACCGACUGCUGGCAGAGAGAGUGUGUGACAAUGACAGUGUGCCCAGUGUCAGCUCAAUCAACAGGAUCAUUCGCACUAAAGUCCAGCAACAAUCUGGCCAAUCAGGCCCCGUCUCUGCUCAUAACUUAGCCUCUACUGUUGCCGUGACGCAAGUUUCCGCGGUAACCAGCGAUGCAGCGGGCUCCUCUUACUCAAUCAGCGGAAUUCUGGGAAUCAGCUCGGCCGCAGACGCCAGCAAGAGGAAGAGAGAUGAAACCCUCCAAGACUCUCCACUGGCGAAUGGCCACGCCCACACGGGGCGGGACUUCCUGCGGAAACAGAUGCGAGGGGAACUUUUCACACCGCAGCAGCUUGAGACCUCUGAUUAUUCAGCUAUGGCAUCUCUGACUGGUGGACUGGAAGACAUGAAGAGCAAUCUGGCCAAUCAGACGGGGGCAGACUUGGGCCCCACCGUCCCUGGGCCUCAGUCCUACCCUCUGGUGUCAGGUCGGGACUUGACGAGCACCACUCUGCCCGGUUACCCUCCUCACGUCCCCCCCACGGGCCAGGGCAGCUACUCCACUCCCUCUCUCACCGGCAUGGUACCAGGUGGCGACUUUUCGGGCAGUCCGUACCCCCACCCGCAGUAUUCUACUUACAACGAGUCCUGGAGGUUCCCCAACCCCAGCGUACUAUUGUUGCAGCAGGACUACGGCUCUCUCCUGAGCUCCGAACGCUCCUGUCCCACCAGCCUGUUCUCCACACAGUCAGGCCAGAUGGCAGGAUCCCCGUACUACUACAGCGCGGCCACGAGGGGGGCGGGGCCCGCUGCCACGGCAACCGCUAGCGCUUACGACCGCCACUGA